AUGGCAUUUCCACAAGCUUCAGACUUGGAGAAACAUUCGAGUCCCAUUACCGGCAAAAAACCAUAUUCAAAUGACUGUAGGCCAAAUGCAUUUUCAGAAGCUUCAGACUUGGAGAAACAUAUGAGAGUAGAUACCGGUGAAAAUCCAUUUUCCAAUGGGAUGGGUUCAAAGGAAUUUUCAGAAUCUUCAGACUUAGAGAGACAUAGGGGUGUCCAUACCAACGAAAAACCAUAUUCGAAUGAGUGUUACCCAAAUUCAUUUUCCAAAUCUUCCGACUUGGAGAAACGUAUGAGUCUCCAUACCAGUGGAGAACCACAUUCAAAUGAUUUUCGGUCAAAGGCAUUUUCAGAAGCUUCAGACUUAGAAAAACAGAUGAGUCUCCAUGACAGCGAAAAUCCAAGUUCGAGUGACUCUUAUUCAAAGGCGUUUUCAGAAGCUUCAGAGUUGAAGAAAUAUUUGAUCCAUACCAGCAAAAAACUAUACUCAAAUGACCGUUCUCUAAAGACAUUUUUAGAAACUUCAGAUUUAGAAAAACAGACGAGUCUCCAUACCUGCGAAAAUCCAAGUUCACCUGACCCUUACUUAGAGACAUUUUCAGAAGCUUCAGACGUGGAGAAACUUAUGAGUGUCCAUGCCAGCGAAACGCCGUAUUCGAAUGACUGUAGUCCAAAAUCAUUUUCAGAAACUUCAGACUUAGAGACACAGUUGAAUCUCCGUACUGGUGAAAAUCCAAGCUCGAGUGACUCUUAUUCAAAAGCGUUUUCAGAGGUUUUGCAGUUGGAGAAACACAUGAAUGUCCAUAGCGGCGAAAAACCUUAUUCGAAUGACUGUUGGCCGAAGACAUUUUCAGAAACUUCAGACAUAGAAAAACAGACAAGACUCCAUACCUGCGAAAACCCAAGUUCGAGUGACUCUUAUUCAAAGGCGUUUUCAGAAGCUUCAGAGUUGAAGAAAUAUUUGACUUUGCAUGCUUACGAAACACCUUAUUCAAGUGACUGUUGUUUAAAGGCAUUUUCAGAAGCUUCGGAUGUAGCGAAACAUAUGACUGUCUAUGCAGGCGAAAAACCAUGUUUCAAUGAUUGUGGUGCAAAGGCGGUUUCAAAAGCUUCAGACUUAGAUAAGCAUAGGUGUGCCCAUGCCGGCGAAAACUCAUGUUUGAAUAGCAGUUGUACUAAGGAAUUAGAGAAAAAUAUCACAAACCAUACUGUAGAAUAA